AAUCACCUCUCGUUCCCAAUUGAGCCCCUUCCUAUUCAGACCCCUGGACAAAAACAGGGAGGCCCUUAGAGAGAGAGAGAUAAAUUGAAGGAGAAAGAGAGAGAGAAGAAGAAGGAGAAGAAAAUUGCAAGCAUGGCUUUAAGGGACUACCCCUCUUUCUCACUCCUCUUUGUGGCCACCGCCGCAGUCGUCCUCCUCUUCGCCGCCGGCGGAGCCGAAGCGCGGUUCAAGGGCAUCAACCAAUGGUGCAGGACCGCUGAUUACAAGGCGCUCUGUACCCAAAUGGUGAAGGGAGCAACAACCCAAAAAGACGCAAUCGCAAACGCCGUCACGACAACGCUGGACGUGACACUUCGCAUGGGCCCACUACUGGACGGCCUGGGCGCCGUCGAAUCCAACCUCCCAAACGUCACAAAAGACGCCGUGGUCUCCACAUGCCGCGACAGUUUCGGCAGCGCCACCGACAACCUAAAAGACGCCCUGCUCUACCUCCAGAAGAUCGACGACCCGUACACCACCCUUGACCGCAUCCAGACGGCGGAGACCAACUUGUACGGUUGCGCCGACGCCGUCACGCAGAUGGGUGGCAGGUGGGUUAACACCCCGUUGGCCAGGGCUAGUAAGAUUAUUUUCAAGUUUGCUAGCAAUUGUUUGGCUGUGGCGACCCAAAUGUAGGGCACCAAAAA